GUUUCCCCCAGCUUUCAUUUCAUUUCUGUCAGCGCUGCAGACGCAGAAACUUGUUACACUUGUCUCGUUCAGUGGACGAUGUGCAUUAUCCAGGCAUUUAUUUAAACUUUGGAGUAUCUUGUUGCGAUUGUCCUUAUUAUUUUGGUGACAUUAACAGGUGGAGUGUAACAAAUUGUUGUCUACCACGAGAAGGUGACGGAACAAAUUAAGCAACGCGACACUGUUGAUACAGUUACGGGGAAACCUCACGUAACUAAUUGCUGUCGUUUGGAGCGGUCCUCAUAGCCUCGGGAUGCGGCUCUUAUGUGGAGCAUUGAUUUGCCUUCUGGUAAUAGCAGAGGCUGUCUUGUUGCAAGAUGAAGAGGACAUCGCUUCCAUUCAGCACCAUCGCAGCAAAUAUCUGCCUGCUGGUUUCACAGACGCUGUUCACAUGUGCCUCGCUGGUUCUCAAGAGGGCGGGUGGCCGGCCGCUGCCGGAGUGAGGGGAAUACUUCCGUGCGUGGGACGCGGCGCGCUGGCCGCGCUGUCGGCCGCGGACGCGGAGGAGCGCGUGCAGCUGGCGGAUGGCGUGACGCUGUCCGGGGGCGGCGGGGGCGGCGCGGCGCGCACCCUGCUGGAGGACGCGGGGGCGGGCGGCGUGCAGUCGCUGCUGGACGCGUCGGCCGCCGUGCUGGGGCGGCGCGCGCUCUCCUGGGACAUGGCCGACCUGCUGCCGGGGCUCGCGCUGCGCUACAGCCCGCCGCACGCCGCCGCCGCCGCCGCCUACGCCGUGGACCCCGUGAACGCGGCCGGCGUCGUGGAGUUCGUCAUGGUGCGCCGCCAGCACCCGCACGACUUCGAUGUCCGCAGCAUCGGGCUGGGUCAGUUGAUGCUGCGGCAGGCGCUGCUGCCAUUCCUGUUGGGACUGAAGGUGCCGGUGGCGGCGCUGAUACCGGUGAUGUUGGCAGGCCUCGCUCUACUGGCCAAGAAGGCGCUCCUACUGGCCAAGGUGGCCCUGCUGGUGGCUGGUCUGGCCGCCGCCGGCUCCCUUCUGCGGCCGCAGCAGCAGCAGUACCAACAGCAACAGGUGCUCCACGACUCGCCGCAUUCGCUGUACCCCAGUUUCUUCCGAGGUGUCAACUACGGUGUCGCCAACGGCGAACGCGCAGAGGAUGUCGACAGCGUGCGCGACGGACGCAGUGUCUCUGGAGGCGCCAGGAAUUUUGCCUGGGAGUGAUUGGUAGUUUCCCGUCGCCAAAACGGAUUCCACUAAAAAAUUAUAGGAAAAUUUAAUCGUUCUUAUUCCCACAUCAGUAUUCAGUUAUGUUCACUUUUAUAAGCCUGAUGCAUCACCAUGGCUCUUCAUGUCCUGUUACAGAAGACCAUACUCCCUUUAUGUGCAACAAACAUACUCUUGAAGAGUAGCGCAAAUGGAGUGUGGCAGCUGUGGUUCUUGCCCUGGACGGCGUUUAAGUAGAGGAGGCAGUUUUGUGACAGAAAAAUAUGAGGACGGACGAAACAGAAGUGGAAAAGGGGGACAAAAUACGAGGGGACGAUGUAGGUGAAGAUUAAAGUAAGAACUGGAUAGUAAAACUGAAAAGGAAGCGGAUAUGUGUGAAAAUAAAUCACGAGAUUCGUACUGAACUGUGCUAAGCAACAAUUCCGUAAGAUAUCUUCUGACUUUUUUUGUUCAGAGAGGCUUGUUUUCAGCUGGAAAGAGGCUAGUAGAUGGAGCUACCCUCGUUAUGGGCAGAGAGAAAAACCAACGAUGAUGUAAAGAAUAUAUUUUGCCUUUAUUGUUUCGUCUGUUAUGGUUUUGCAUACAUCACCAGUGAAACAAUAAAAACGAGAUCGCUUUGUUAUUGCAGACACUACGACCUAGGACUUUGUGAGCUACACGUUUUGAAUUGUAUCAUACCGCAAAAAAUUAUUCAGCUGCAUGGCUUAUAAUUCAUUCGAAAGUCCUGCUGAUGUGAACACAAACAUAAAUAGCCUAAAAG